AUGAGUGGAAUAAGAUCGAUGAUGAGUGUGAUACCCCAUUGCACGGGAUCUUCAAGAUUUACCUACAACAAUACAACUGUGUUCUGCAUAGUUCAUGGGCCCUCAGACAGUAUAUCUAGGCAAGAGGAUCCUGAAAUGGCUAUUUUAGAUGUGAAGUGGAGAGACAUUAUUCUUAUCAAUGGAAGAAUUUAUGACAAGUAUUUCUCAAGAGAAAUUGAAAAGAUUCUUUCUAAAAGAAUCAUUCUUGAACUGGAUCCUUGCAGAUCAAUACAGAUAAGUUUCAAUGUUGUAGGAGAAGUAAGAAAUACUCUUUUUUGUGCUGUGAAUGCUGCACUUUUGGCGCUUUCCGAUGCAGGAAUUCCUCUUAUAUCUAUGUUUUAUGCCAGUAGCUCGUUUACACAUGAGGAGGAAGUCAUUGUUUUUGAUGGAGAUGAGAACGUAUUGGCCAGCCAUUCAUUUGGAUCUAUUUCAAAGACAGGCAUGGAGAGAGCAAAAAGCUUUCUUAAAUAUGUUAAAGAGGUCCAGACUUAUACCCUGAAGUCCAAGUUUCCUUUUUGCAUUAGCUAA